AUGCACUUUGCCAAGAAUCACAAGAAGAAAGGCCCAAAGAAGAUGCAGGCCAACAAUGCCAAGGCUGUGAGCACAUGUGCCAGGGCUAUCAAGGCCUUAGCAAAACCCAGGUCAAGCCCAAGAUCCCAAAGGGUGGCAGCCGCAAACUCAGUUGACUUGCCUACACUGCUCACCCCAAGCAUGGGAAAUGUGCUCUUGCCUGCAUUGCCAGAGGUCUCAGUAUUAGAGUCCAAUGCCAAGUUUCAGACCACUCCCCAGGCUAUGACUGCAGCUGCCGCUCAGACUCAAGCUGAGGUUUAA